GCGGCUAACCCACAUCAAAACACAUGUGAGCAAGCAAGUCGUACAACAGUGAGAUUCGGAGGAUCAUCAAAACACUGAGAUUCAAAGUAAAGCACCAUGUCAGAUGCUUUAACCCAGCGUAUAAAGGAGUUGGAGGCAGAGCUGGAAAGGCUCAGGUCCCUGCUGAAGGAAGGCAGAGCAGAUGACACUGAGGUGAUGUCCAGUUCGUCUCCUCAGGAAAACUCAGACUGCAAACCUGCUGAUGGGGACACGAGCACCAGCAGGAAAGAGAGGAAGAAAUCAGGCAAACAGCGUCCCUUUGACUUUGCUGCACACCCCCGGCGCCAUGUGGCUCUGCGACUGGCUUACCUGGGCUGGGCCUACCAGGGCUUUGCUGUUCAGGACAACACAGACAACACGGUGGAGGCCAGACUCUUUGAAGCCUUGCUGAAGACCCGGCUGAUUCAGGACCGGCAGAGCUCCAAUUAUCACCGCUGCGGGCGCACCGAUAAAGGAGUCAGUGCAUUUUCACAGGUCAUAACUAUCGACUUGCGCUCCACGCAGUUUGGUGGAGGACUGGGCGUCAUCGUACCUGCAAAUGUUGACGUUGACAUCAAAUCUAAAAGCUCUGCCUCUGAGGUCCCGUAUGUGAAGAUGCUGAACAGAGUGCUGCCGCAGGAUAUUUGCAUCUUGGACUGGGCUCCGGUGGCAGAGGGCUUCAGUGCACGCUUCGACUGCCAAUCCCGCACGUACCGCUACUACUUCCCCCGAGGAUCUUUAGACGUAGAGCUGAUGGCAGAUGCUGCAAAAAGAUAUGAAGGGACUCAUGACUUUCGCAACUUGUGUAAAAUGGACGUGGGCAACGGCGUCCUGCAGUUUGAGAGGACCAUUUUGUCAGCUGCAGUCAAGCCUGUGCAUCCUCAGCCAACGUCCAGCACGGAUCAGUAUGAUCUCUACAUGUUUGAGAUUAAAGGAUUGGCUUUCCUUUACCACCAGGUACGUUGCAUGAUGGCAGUACUGCUUUUGAUUGGGCAGAAGCUGGAAGCACCAGAGAUAAUUAAUCAUCUCGUGGAUGUAGCGAAUAAUCCCAGAAAGCCCCAAUACAGCAUGGCGGUGGACUACCCUCUGGUGUUGCAUGACUGCCACUUUGGAGAUCUGAGCUGGCAACGGGACGCAGAAGAGGUGAAGCACGUUCUGUCGUCACUGCAGCAACACUGGACCCAGAGUGCAAUCAGGGCGCAAGUUCUGCAGGGGAUGGUCCAAGAUUUGGAAAAAAAGGGCGGCGUGUCCUCCAGUCAUUGCUGUCUGGUUGAAGGCACCAAGCAGAGGAACUACCGACCUCUGCUAGAGCGCCCGUGCUGCGAGAGCCUGGAGUCGAGGAUAAACCACUUUGUCAAAAGGGGUAGACUUGAGCGGGAGGAAGGAGAGAAUGGAGGAGAAGUGAUCCACAGAGGAAAAAAAUCCAAACAUUGCCACAUUUCCUCUAGUCUGCCUGAAGCACCAGGGACACCAAAACAAUGUACUGAUCACAAAGUGAACGAUUGAUAUGUUUCACCAAUGAAUGGAUUUUAUUUUUUUAUUUUUUUGUUAUAAUCUACAUCUUAUCACAAUGUUUUCCCAUUAUGUCUGCUUUUGAAUCUUGCAGUCGAUUGUUUUGCUUCAAAAUAAACGUGCUGUGGGAGA